AUGGUGGAGGCGCCCCUCGACCCUGAGACCAUCCUGGUGCUGGAGGUGAUGUGCUUCCAGCUGGGGCCGCUGCUGGCUCAUGUUGCCAUCUGCCCCCAGCACAUGCUGCCUCUGCCCCACAAGGACUUGAAACUGGAAAAUCUUUUCCUGGACAGUGAGGACAACCUGAAGACCUUCUGCGGGUCCUACACUUAUGCCUGACCCAAGAUCCUGCAGGUGCAGCCCUAUGACCCCUUCGUGGCAGACACCUGGAGCACUGGGGUCAUCCUCUAUGUCCUGCUCCUGGGCUGCAUGCUCUUCAGUGCCACCAACCUGCAUCACCUCCUGCGCCAGACCCAGUGCUCCCACCCCGUCUCCCUCCAAAGGCAGCCCCUGCCCCAGAACUGCAAG